AUGUUACGAUAUUGGCUCCUCCUCCUCUUCCUGGCCUUCCUGCUAAUAGGAGAUCUCUCGGCUCUCCGAGAUCUGCAGGAUCCCCAUCAGGUCCUUAGCCAGGACUCCAGUGGAUCACGGGAGAAGCGCGGCACAGUCACCCUGGACUUUGGCCUCCUCCUUCGCAAUCUGCUCUUGAAGAGCGCCCAGUUGUCCUCGGCCAAGGCCAAUCUGGUGCGGACCACUCGUCGUCCUCCAAUGACGACAACGACCACGCCUCCUCCGCCUCCGCCGCCGCCUCCUCCGCAGCGCAGUCGUCGACCCAUUUGGCAUCCGUUCUUCAGUUCCGGCUUUCUGCCUUUGGACUAUGACUACGCUGAUCCUCCAGCGGCAGGACCUCCGGCUCCUCCGCCACCACCACCUCCUCCGCAACCAACUAGAAGGCCAGUUCGACCGCCAGUAAGACCACGUCCUCGUCCUCCGACGACGACGGCUCCUCCACCGCCACCGCCUCCGCCGAACUAUGACUACGACUAUGACUACGAUGCUCCGCCAGCUGCGCCCACAGCGGCACCACCGCCUCCUCCUCCGCCUCCUGCUCCCCGCCCAAGGCCACGCCCACGCCCCCGCCCACCGCAGCCACAACAGCUGGGGGAUCGGCUAAUCUAUCAGUACGCACAACCUACUGAUACCUUCUUUAGGUCGCGUUCCGCGGAGGAGGCGGCGGCAGCACAACCGGAUGAUACAGAUACUGGUGCUAAUGCAGAUUUAGAUACGGAUGCUGGAGCCCCACCCCCCGAUCCCCCCGCUCCAACUGGCCCCCGGUUUUUGGUCAACUACGAGAGCGACAGCGACUUUGGGCAGCAGGUUCAGGAUCAGGAACAGGAACCGCCUGCAGGAUCAGCUAGACCAUCACCAUCAUCCCAAGGCUAUUUCCAGCAACUCGACUUUGGCAGCCUCGGCAAUCUCAAUCGCUUCCCGACUCCCAAUCAGCAGCAGUACUUCUACAACUAA